UUAGUUGACAUGACUUUUACUAACAGGUCUUAUGGCACAAAAUUAUAUCCAGCUCUUCCCACAUAGCUAUUCCCACCCACUGCAUUUAUUAACCAGAAAUCCUUCUAAAUGUUAUCUAGUAGCAUGAAUUAAGCAGUUGUGUUUUGCAGAUCAUGUUCUUUAGCUUGCUCUUUCAUUUCCUCUUAUUCAACAUUAUCACAUUAUGUUCCUCUUCUUAUGUGCUUUUCCUCUCCACAAAGCUCUUUAAACAGCUGCAAAGGGGGAGGGACCACUAUGCUUAUGAAAACUCCACUUUGCAGAAUGCUUCUGCCAGGUCCUACUGUCUGUCUCUUUCCAGGGAUUUAAUACCUCCAAGAUCCAGGUUUGCUUUUACAUCUCUUCCUUGUGCAACCCUGACAACAGAGCCUACUGCCAGCUGUCUUAAUUGAAGAACAGUAAUCCACCUCUUCUUCUUGUUGCCAUGAGGAAUGCAUACACCCUCUUUCUCUUUGUAGUGGGCUCCUAUUAUUUUAACGACCAGAGUCUUCCAAUUUGUUCCUGUGCCUGCAACUCUUUCCUCGUCUCCUGUGACAAUGAAGAGAAAAGUCACACCCAGACUCCCUCCAUUUAGAUCUUUGAAACAUUUUUCCUGUGUUAUUAAGAAGGAAGCACCGCAGCAGAUGCUGAAGAAAAGCUAAUGAACCACCUACUGAGUCCUGACAGGUACAAUAAGUUAAUUCGCCCGGCUGUCAACUCAUCCCAGUUGGUAUCUAUAGAACUGCAGGUUUCCUUGGCACAGCUCAUCAGCGUGAAUGAACGGGAGCAGAUCAUGACUACAAAUGUCUGGCUGAACCAGGAGUGGAUUGAUUAUCGUUUGGCUUGGAAGCCCUCUGACUAUGAAGGAAUAAAUACGCUGAGAAUACCUGCAAAACACAUCUGGCUGCCAGACAUUGUGCUUUACAAUAAUGCCGAUGGCACGUACGAAGUUUCACUGUACACAAAUGUAAUUGUACAGAAUAAUGGAAGCAUUCGCUGGUUGCCUCCAGCCAUUUACAAGAGUGCCUGCAAGAUCGAGGUUAAGCAUUUCCCAUUUGAUCAACAAAACUGCACCUUAAAGUUCCGGUCUUGGACAUACGAUCAUACAGAAAUUGAUAUGGUACUAAAAACUUCCAUGGCAAGCAUGGACGACUUCACACCCAGUGGAGAAUGGGACAUUGUAGCACUCCCUGGAAGAAGGACUGUAAAUCCUUUGGAUCCCAAUUAUGUCGAUGUGACAUAUGACUUCAUUAUUAAAAGGAAACCUCUUUUCUAUACCAUCAAUCUUAUCAUUCCCUGUGUGCUAAUUACUUCCUUAGCCAUCCUGGUGUUCUACUUGCCUUCAGACUGUGGUGAAAAAAUGACCUUAUGCAUAUCUGUGUUGCUUGCCUUGACUGUGUUCUUACUGCUGAUCUCCAAAAUUGUCCCUCCAACAUCUUUGGAUGUUCCGCUGAUUGGGAAGUACCUCAUGUUUACAAUGGUUCUAGUCACCUUCUCAAUAGUUACCAGUGUCUGCGUACUCAAUGUCCACCACAGAUCUCCAAGUACUCACACUAUGCCUCCUUGGGUAAAACUGGUUUUCCUUGAAAGACUCCCAGCCUAUCUGUUCAUGAAGCGUCCAGAAAAUAAUUCUCCACGGCAAAAGCUGUGCAACUGCAAAAAGACAAGAGCAGAGAAUCUUUCCAUGGACCCAGCCGUCUUGUACAAGAACUCUACCUACUUUGUGAACACAGCUUCUGCCAAAAAAUAUGAUAUGAAAAUCACUGAGACUCUUGACAAUGUCAGCAACCAUCAAGAUUUCAGGCUAAGAACAGGCAUGAAAUUUUCUCCUGAAGUCCAAGAAGCAAUUGAUGGAGUCAGUUUUAUAGCAGAGCACAUGAAAAGUGAUGACAACGACCAAAGUGUCAUUGAAGAUUGGAAGUAUGUUGCCAUGGUAGUGGACAGGCUGUUUCUCUGGAUAUUUGUCCUUGUUUGUGUCCUGGGGACUGUUGGAUUAUUUCUGCAGCCACUUUUUCAAAACCACAUUGCUGCCGUGAACCCUUAGUUGUUAUUUAAAAUUGUCAAUGCCUACAUAGAUGCUGGGUUUCUUUUGGCUCUGUUUCCUCUCUGUCAAAUCCGGACUGAUGUCAGCCGAGUUGCUCUCACAUCAGAUUUAUGGUAGGGAUGUGGAAAGUAGAACUUGACUUGCUAGAUUAUUGUGAUAGGAAAAAAUCCAAAAACAUUUCUUUUUUUUUUUUUUCCAACAAGUUCAGUUCUUCUGGUGGCAUCUUGGCCCUUUUUUCAAUUAUUUGACAUCUGAACAUUACAGAGAAAGGCAUUUACUGUACGAUAUGCCAGCUUGGCUCACAGGGAUUAUUUAUUAAAAGGAAUUUUAUAUACAUUGCUUCAGGAAAGCCAUUUUCUUUCCUUAGAAUACUGCACUGUCCAUACUUCAAAGAAGGUAUUUAGUUCUUUCAAAUGCAUCAAACUAUUUGUGUCUGAUUUAUAAAGAGCUUGACAGGUGGAAUCACUGUUUAGCUGCUCUGAGUGUGAUAUUUAAGACCGAACUGGGAAACAGAGCCACUUCUGAGGUAACCACUAAUAGGUUUCUCAUCUUGCCAUCUCUGCUACUAGAUCAAACAGCAGAGGCUAAAUUAACAUAUCAUUAACAAAUGUUUAUAUGCUUUGUUCAGUGAUAAAAUAUAAAUAAAAUGUAAAAUUUCUCCUCCUUUA